UGGCAACACAAAACAUAAAUGUCAAAUUAUUAAAAACGUCAAUAAUUACUAAAAAGGCCAUUUUCGACCAUUUUAUAUGAAUAGUAAUAAUUUAUUGAUUUUUAGCACAAAGGUGUCGGUUGUACGUUCACAAUGUAUAAGUAUAGUUAGUUUUCCCAAAUUUACUUGUUUAAAACUUAGAAAAUACGGCCAUAUUAUAUUAAGCUGUGAAUAUUUGUGAUAGUGAAGUAUGCUUUAGAUAAAUUGGAUUACAAUAAACCAUGUCGAUUAAAAUUGAAGAUAUAAAGAAAGAAGAUGACGAGUUUCAGAGGAAGGAUCCAACAUCCUUUUUGCCAGAGGAGGAGAUGUCAUACGAGUUCAAAAAGAAGAAGAAAAAAAAGAAGAAACAACAAGAGGAUCCAUUCAAGGAUUUGGAGUUGGAGACAAACCAUUUUCCAGCUGUGCCAACAUUAGCAUUAGACCCUGAGGUCAAUAUAAAAGUCGAAGAUAUUGAAGUAGAGUUAAAUUUUAAUGAUUUUGCCGACAACCAAGGUCUGUUAGUAGAAGCACAUCACAGUGAGGAUAGUCAGCCAGAACCAGCCAUCAAAGUGGAAGACCAGAGCCACGAGGCAGUGAUACUUACGUUCGAAAAUGUAGUCAGUGAAAAAAAAUUGCUCAAUUAUGAACAUCCCGAGGUUAAAUUGGAACCCUACAAGCCACACAUCUGCAAAGUGUGCCACCUAGUGUUUAAAUCAAACAAAACUCUUCACAUGCAUCAGAAAAGGAAGCACAAGGCGUUUCGGAAAUCUUUCAAGCAUAUAUGUGAUUAUUGUGGCAUGUCCUAUGAGACGAAAAAUAGUUUAGUUGCCCAUAUUAAGAGGAAGCAUGGUCCAGACGCUCCUGCAGAUGAUACGGAUGAGCAUACGUGUGACAUAUGCGCUCUGGUGUUUAAAGGUGCUGCUAGAUUACGAAUGCAUAUGCGGAGAAAGCAUGGCGCGUUUGCAGAUGCCUUCAAAUAUGUGUGUAGUGAGUGCGGAUUGACGUAUGACAAGCAUAGAAGCCUUGUCGUUCACAUACAGAGGAAACAUUCGGGUGUGCAGCCAGCGUCUAACGAAUGGUUCAGCUGCCCAUUUUGUCCUAAAGCAUUUACUAAAAGGGAAACGUAUGUGCGUCAUAUACAAAGAAAGCAUAAAGUGAAUGAAGAGCCCACAGUUAAGUCAGAAAACAUAACCCCAGAGUUAUUAGAGGGCUGUAAAAAUGAAGAAACAGGAGAAAUCACUUGUAAAGAGUGCCCACUGAUGUUUACAUCUGUUAAUUAUUUAAAAUUGCACAUGAGAAGAAAGCACAAUGCUUUGAAAGAAGCGUUUCGACUUAAGUGUGGAAUAUGCAAUCUGUCGUAUGAUAAAUUAGAGAGCUUAAAACGCCAUAUAAGGAGAAAACAUGACAGAAAAGUGCAAUGCAACAUAUGCAAUAAACAAUUUGAAUCGAGAGAACACUACACUAAUCACACGCACAUUAAAUUAAUCAAAGAGUGUUCACUUUGCGGUUUAAUUUUCGCCUCCGAAGGCGGUCUUGCCAAGCAUUUACGCUGCUCGCACAAAAUAGACACUCCAAAGACGGUGUUUUGUAACAUAUGCAACGAAGGUUUCCAUGAGAAACGACAAUUAAAGCCUCAUUUACUAAAAGUACAUCUAAAGGUGUCCUACACUUGUAAAUAUUGUAAUAAAAUAUUUAAAGCUAAAGAGAGUUAUCGACGUCAUAUUAUUAUAAAGCAUCCAACGCAGAGAAUCAUGAAUACGCAACUACAGAAAUGCGAGAAAUGUCCGGAGAUGUUUAAAGACGAAUUUGAACUCUCUCGGCAUGUAAAUAUAAUGCAUACAGGCCCUGAGGAAGCAGAGUCCGGGUGGCUAGAAGUCAAAAAAGAGGAGGUGGACUCUAAGGACUCCUUUCAAUGCACAAAGUGCUCCGAGACUUAUCUUACCUGGCCUCAACUGAAAUUGCAUUAUGAACAAAACCACCAUGUUGCAGAACAAACUCAGUGUCAAGUUUGCGGAGAAAUCAUACCGGUGUCUGAACUUCAGAAACACAUUAAAUUAAAGCACACAGAGACAAUCGAGAUGGCCUGCAAGUACUGUGACUUCAAGACUACGUCCAAGCUGAGUUUGACGCAGCACACUUUACGCCACAAAAAUGCGACUACAUUCCGCUGUGAUUUCAACGGUUGUAGGUACAAGACGUUUUACGAGGUGGCCAUGGAGAAACACAAGAGGAAACAUGCCGAUUUAGGUGUUAAGUUUCAAUGCAGUCAAUGCCCUUUUCAGAGUAUGAAUAAGUACAUUUUAAAGUAUCAUGAAGAGGCGCACUCUACUGGUCGUAAGAGGUAUGCUUGUGACCAAUGUGAUUAUGCUACCAUCCUGCCAGCGAACUUGGUGCAGCACAAAUAUAAGCAUUCAGCGGAAAAAAGGUUUAAAUGUGAGGUGUGCCCAUUUGCCACUAAAUAUAACACGUCGUUGCGUUUCCACGUCAGAAAGAAACAUUGUGAUCUCCCCAUGAGUUGAAUAUUGUAUGUUUUUUUAUUAAUAAAAGUUAUUUGGUGUUACGAAU